GAAUUUCAGAAAGAGGCGGGCGUUUAAGUGAAGCUCUGUCACGGGUAAAAGAGAGGGAGACCGAGUUUUCUCUUUCAUUUUGGAAAAACAAGUGGCCGGAUUGAGUUGUCGGCGUUGCUCUUAACACCACGUUUGACGACCGUGGCUUUUUUCCCCAAUUUCAACAUUGACGAUAGAUAUCGACUCUGGAAAACCAAGGAGAUUAAAAGAGGCGAAGGAAUACCGUAUCCGUAAAGCAGCGAAGAUCUAUUUUGGAAGGAGCAAGCGGUUUAAUUAAAACGGCGUCAUUUUUGACACAUUUGGCAACAGUGCCUUUCACUUUAUUAUAGACAUUCGUUGUGUUAAUUUGGAAAAGGGGAAAUUAAGAAAGUGAAGAAGUAUCAUUAAGGGAGAAAUAUCUCUAUUUUUUAUAAAAGAAAAAACUCUGGCACCGCUUUUGAUAUAUUUGGCAACAGUGUUUUUCGUCGACAUAGUUUCCAUUAAUUUCGGGAUCCUCGAAUCUCGAUCUUUGUGAUUCUUCGGCGAAACAUGAAGCUGGUAGUUGGGAGCGUGCUCAAUAAAAUCGGCGAUCAUCAUGACACACAUUUGAUGUUACUUUCGCGACGACUAUACUUUUUGGACACUUUAUCUACAUCUGUGUUACUCCGUGGCCUUCAGAAACGAUAGUGACGUACAUAGUGAGCAGGAUGUUCAGUUUUCACAAACCAAAGGUGUAUCGAUCUAGUACAGGCUGCUGCAUUUGCAAAGCCAAAUCUAGCAGUUCGAGAUUCACAGAUAGUAAAAAGUAUGAGGAUGACUUUAUGCUAUGUUUUCAACUUGAUGAGAGGCGUAGCGGAGAGAUAUGUAAUGCAUGUGUACUUCUAGUAAAAAGAUUUAAGAAGCUGCCUCCGGGAAACGAUCGCAACUGGAGACAUGUUGUGGAUGCCCGUGCUGGUCCUGGAAUUAAGUCGCUAACCAAAUUUAAGGCAAAAAAUAAAAGGAAACUUAAAGAUAAACCUGACAAAUUUGCUAAGAAGAAACAUGUCUAUGUAAAAACAGAAGCAGAUCGGGAACAAAGCCCAUCGAUAAGCGAUGAUUUGAACGGUUGGUUAAAUAGAAAUUUUGCUUCUUAAUCUAAUAUAUCAGUGGUCGGAAUAAUAUUACUUUUGA